ACGCGCGGGGCGGGGGAUGCGCAGCGAGCACACGGAGCGCACGGAGAGAGCCGGGCCCGGAGCGCAGCGUUGGGAGCAGGGAUGCGGGCGCCGUGAGCCGGGCAUCGUGCGCCCAUGACAGACCUGGCAUCGCCCGCGGGCGAGAACAGCUUCGCCUUUCCCGGCGGCGGCGAGGAGGGCUUUGGGGAUGAGAAGGCGUUGGUGAUCCACAGCCAGGCGGAGGAGGAGGCACCGGGGAAGGAGUUCAAGUGCAUCCUGUGCGGGGAGUGCUUCGGCCAGCAGCCCAGCCUCGCCCGGCACCAGAAGCACCACGCCGGGGAGCGCGCCUUCAUCUGCGCCGAGUGCGGCAAGGCCUUCAGCCUCAAGCACAACCUCAUCAUCCACCAGCGCAUCCACACCGGGGAGCGGCCCUACCAGUGCGACGUCUGCCAGAAGAGCUUCAGCCUGAAGCAGAACCUGCUCACCCACCAGCGCAUCCACAGCGGCGAGAAGCCCUUCUCCUGCGGGAGCUGCGGGAAGCGCUUCCGCGAGCAGCGCUUCCUCCUCAACCACCAACGCACCCACGCCGAGGACCAACCCGGGGCCACCAGCGCCGCCGCCUGCAGCCGCUCGCCGGGCUCGGAGCCGCAUGAGGAAGCCGGUGGUCCCACGGCAGCAGGCGGCCCCUUCUCCUGCACCCGCUGCGGGAAGGGCUUCAGCUGCCGGAGCAGCCUGGCCGCACACCAGCGCAUCCACAGCGGCGAGCGGCCCUUCGCCUGCGCCGAGUGCGGGAAGAGCUUCAGCCAGAAGGGCUCCCUGAAGCUCCACCAGCGCACCCACAGGGCCGAGAACGCCCUCACGUGAGCCCCCGCGCCCCGGGACCCCCGCCCAUGGCUGCCCCAUGGGGCUCUCCGUGCCCUGAGCCCCCCCAGCAUUGCUCUGUGGCUCCAAGCGCUGCACGGGGGCUCGGGGCCGCUGGGCGUCUCAGUGGGCGCCGUCCCCUCGGUGCUGUUGUGACGGCGUGGUCAGUGCCAGCUCUGCCUGAGCCCCCCCAGGCACCCGCCGUGCUCCCUGCACGGAGCUGCUCUCCUGAUCACCACGAGGUCUCUCCCAUCAGCUGCUCCUGCUCCUCACCUCAGGCGCUCCCGGGCUGUUGGGCGCCUGUUGGGUUUCUGCCACCCCCCGGGGCACUGGGAGGAGCUGAGUGAGGCGGCCGCCUCUGGAAAUGGCAGAGUUCCCCGGGGGGUUUCCUCCCCUCCACUCCCAGCACCUCAGCACUGCAGCCGGGUGCACAGCGGGGCCACAGGUGGAACCCCUGAGCGAGGAGCAGCAGGGGGGGGGGUUCCCCUCAGCACUGCUGUGUGCACUCCGUGCCCCCGUGCUCCCCAUUCCCCCCGUACCUCCCAUCCCCCAUCCGGGCUGGUGCUGCUGCAGCGUUGCAGAGCGCCCUGAAACAGAGAAAUCGUGCAAAAUUAAAACAAACCCGCAAAGCUCACAGGUGCAGACUGCUUCCCAAGGGCAGCGGCAGCUCCAGCCUGGAGGAGGGACUGCGGCGAGGCGUGGGCUGCGGCCGGAGCAGCAGAGAGCCCGGCCUGGGCGGUGCAACCAGGAAUGGGUGCGUGGUGACGGGAGCACUGCGGGCUCCCGGCGGGCUGAAAACGUGCCUGUGCUCAGCCACGGCCAGGAGAAGCGAGGGUUGGGGUGGACAUCUCUGCCCCUUGUCCCGCUCUGCGGUCCCCAAGCACCGGGGAAGGGGAAGAGGCGGCACCGCAGCCCCGCUGCACGUGGGACGGUGCAAAUCCCGCAUCACUUCUGUGCCCACCGCUCCGUGUAAGCCGCAGCGUUCUGGGAGCGCUCCUGGCUGCCACUGCGGGACGGCGGCCGCCAUCCGCUGGGCUUCCAUCCGUGCGCGCCGUCCUGCACUCUGAACCGGGACGGCGCUCGGUGAGCCGGGAUGAGGCGAACUCACGGCUGCAUCCAGGCUGCGCGCCCCUCGCCCGCACCGCUGCUGCCCCGCCGCUUGCAGGGGAAAACCAGCUUUCCCUGCCGACGCUUCCCUCUGCCGACGCUGCUCACACGGCUCCGCGCCGCCCCGCGGGGUGAUGCGGUGCGUCGGGACGCGGCUGCGGGGGGAGCUGACACCCGGCCCGGCCGCAGCUCCCGGUGACGGCUCCUCCCGACC